AUGGCGACCAUCUCCGACUGGAUUGGCGUAAUUGUGAUCGGCGCGCUUAUUUAUGCGAUUGUCACGGGUGUGCGCCACUCAAACGAGGCAAAGGAAGCCGUAAGGCAGAAGAAGGAAGAGCUCAAGGCGGCGGGCAUUGAUAUUUCUACCGAGGGCAUCUCUCUUCGCUCCAACCGGACUGCGAUGGACCGCGACUCGUACAUCCAAAAGACGCAGGAACAGCUCAAGCAGGGCGGCGCGUACCUCUAUGAGCACUCCAAUUCCAUGUCGUUUGGCAAGAAGGCCGAAGACGGUGCGGCGUAG